GACUAUAGCGCAUGCACUCUCUUCUCUGUCAGGUCCAUAGCUCUCCCUCGCCUGCUUGCUUGCCUGCCUGGAUUUCGAUCGCAUUGCAGCUCAUCUCCUCUUCUCAUCGAGGUUUGAUUUGGAUCUCCCUUGCGAAUUGUGGCUGAGCGUCAUGGAUCGAACCCGCAGGCGCUAAAGCAGUCAAGAAAUCCUAGAAAUGAGCAAGUACCAUGAGGUUUUUGUUUCAAGUAGAGAUGAAUGUUUAAGGAAGGACUCGUUCCUCCUGUCCGUAUAGGGGGUUCCCGAAUUCUGAUUCACUGCCUCGCUGUCGAUUACUGCAUCGGAUUGCAAGUUGACAUACGGAUUUGUGUUAGAUUAAAUUUUCCGAACAGCAAACAGGGAUGGCUGUUUCGUCAGAGAUUUAGACAAUUGCUGAUUACCUGACUAGAGAAGGGUCAGCAUUUAUGGUAGAAAGAUGUCCUGACUUCAAUCUUUUGGGAUACGGCAGCAGACUGAUGCGGUCGUAAACCAGUAAUUAUGAUUAAUGUUUCGUCAGUGUGAAAUUGAGUACUUGCCAGAAGACCGAGUGCAUCGACUUCUGCAAACAUUCGGUUUUUACACAACGUAACGAUGGAAGAGGUGGAGGUGGAAUCCCAUAAACGUGUCGACCCAUGGCGGGAUGUUGUUUACCUUCCCAGGUAUGAAGAUGAAGAUCCUGUCUCAGGCCCAACAUCAGAUUAUGGGGGUGAGGAUUACUCAGAACGUGGAUAUGGACUUGAGGAUAGUGACAAUCUAGAUGGCCAUGGUGAUGAUGGAGAGCUUGCCAUGACGGAUGCUGAAGUAGAGUCUAUCCUCUCUGCUGCCCCGGACCUUCCUGAGGAGUCCGAUUUUUCCGCAAUCGCUAAUGGCUCUUACUCUAACUUGGAUCAUGCACCUUCAGAAAAUUCUGGGGGAGCUUCAACACCAGCACAAACCCCUAUGAAGGAUAACAAUAAGACCAAACUCACAGAGGCAACUCUAAAUUCUUUGAGGCAGAGCGUAUCUGCUGCACUACAAAACCAAGCUCCAUCAUCGCCAAAACCUUUUCUAAGGUCUUCCUCAUCUACAGCAGCUACCCUCCGAUCGCAAAGCACUACUGACAACAAUGGUGGCGCUGCGAAUGGAAAGAGUGAGCGUAAACUUGGACCGCCAAUAAUCUCAGUUCCUCCAGUCAUAAGAAGAGGAGUUCCUCGUGAAGCCUCCAUAGGGACGAGCACCUUAAGGUCCUCAGCAAAUACCACGCGGCCUAGCACAAAUAAUUUGAAGCCUGGUAUGAGCACAAGUGCAAAUCGGCCUUCGGUUGGAUCUAGCGCUAUCACUGGGUCGCGCAAACCCUCCCGAACAGCGGAUCCCCGAAGAUCCUCCACAACUACUCUGCCUACUCGUUCAGCAGGUGUUUCCUCUGGAAACAAUCUUCACAAAGUGACCUCAAUGUCAAAAUCAGUUGAUCUUCCAUCUUCCUCAAAAGUGAAGCAGUUAGCGUCGUCAGUUCCAGUAUUGAAAGCCUCAGGACGCAGGGUCACUAACUCCUCGGCUGCUUCACCACACACACCGGGGAAUUACCUUAAGAGGACGAGUCCAACCGUUGCCGGAGAUAAGCCUUCGAACGAUUCAAGUACCAAGCCUUCCAAGAAAACUCCUCCAUCUCCAGCAGAACCUCGGGUUUCAACAAGUUUACAGACUUCAUCCCGUGGCAGUGGAAUACCUUCUUCCCCCACCUCUAUUCGCAAGCCACCGGCAACAAAUGGCAUGGGGGGCCGAGAAACGAAGCCAGAAACGGUGAAGAAGAAGAUCACCUCAUCACCAUCUCCAUCACCAUCUCUAGGAACGAGAAGGGCAUCAAUCUCUGAGCCUGUUAGGAGGAAAUCCGCUUCGCCUUCUCUCUCGAGUCCAAGUACCUUGAAGCCAUCUCCCUCCGAAAGACGUUUGAGCCUGAGCAACCCGAAGCAGAAAACCUCUACGGAGAAACUGUCUACAAAUAUUCAAAGCAGAACGACCACCAAGUCAUCUCCAGUGGAGAGACCUUCAUCUUCUCCUAAUGUUGAGAAGUCUUCACCGGGAUCGGUUGUAACUCCUAAUCCUUCAAAGAUUAUUGGCAAGCCAAAAGCCUCAUCGAAAACUUUGGCUCCUAGCAAUAGCUUUAGAGAUAGGACCCCGUCACCAACGCCUUCCAAGCCAUUAUCUGCUGAUCGAGGCCCUAGUAUGCUAUAUCGUAGCAAAAUUCCCUCGCUCAUGCCUUCUAAACCACUAUCUGCUAAUCGAGUUCCUACUACCCUAAGCCGGAGCAAAUCCCCAUCUCCAACACCUUCCAAGCCCCUACCUGCUGAUCGAGGCCCUAGUAUGUUGUACCGGAGCAAAUCCACCUCGACAACGCCUUCCAGGUCGUUACCUGCUGAUCGAGGCCCUAGUAUGCUGUACCGGAGCAAAUCCCCCUCACCGGCACCUUCUAAACCGUCGUCUACUGAUCGAAUUCCUGGCAUGCUAAACCGGAGCAAAUCUCCCUCACCGAUGCCUUCUAAACCAUUGUCCACUGAUCGAGGCCCUGGCAUGCUGAACCGGAGGAAAUCCUUGGGUGCUGAUAGUCCAAAUGUACGCCCAGGUAUUUCCCUAAUCCCCUCUGUCAAGAAGUCAGAGGCUAGUGUCACGGUUGACACUUGAAGAAUUUCAAACAUUGAAUUUAUUUUUAGGAAGCAAACAACGUUAGUGAGCUUGUUAGUGUGUUGUUACUCUUCUUGUUCUGUAGUUUAUCUUUGUACCCUUUUUCUUAAGUGGGUAUAUUUGAAGCUUGGGUCCUACUAGAUUUAGUUUGAAAGUCAUUUACUGGAGGACGAAUCUAGGUGCGCAAUGGAGGUGGGGUGUAGAUGCCAAGUUUCAAGUGUAACAUGAAGACUACUCUUUGUUCUGUUUCCCUAGUCUGUAGUACUGGAUUGUGCCCAAUUUGCAAACCAGUUAGAGUGUAGUGUAAUUCACUGCUUGUCAGCGGUUCACAAGUGAAAACCUAUCUUUCACAUACUGAAAAUAAUAAAAGAUUUAGUAUUCAUUGUGAAGCGA